AUGUGGUUCAGAAACGAUCUUCGUCUUCGUGAUAACAAGGCGUUAUACGCCGCAGCAGCAAGAGCUAAAUUAGGAAGCAAGAAAUCAGUGAUUGGAUUGUUUGUGAUCUCGGAGAAGGAAUGGGCAAGCCACGAUGAAGCCCCAAUCAAGAUCGAUUUCUGGAUAAGGAACUUAGUGGUCUUGAAGAGAUCCUUGGAAAAGUUGCACAUCCCGUUGAUUGUGAAGAAGGCAGCUACAGGAUCGCAGGUGGUGGAGCUUAUAGAAUCCACUGUAAAGGGAAUGGAUGUGAGCCAUGUUUUCUGGAAUGUUGAAUACAUGGUCGAUGAAAUGAGACGGGACGCAGCGGUACUGAAAGCGUUGACAAAGAAUCCCGGCAUUUAUGUUGAACAGCAUGACGAUCAAGGUGUUGUCCCACCCAAGGAAAUGAAGAACAAGAUCGGAGAAGGGCACACGUCAUUCGAGUCUUUUCGUAGUACUUGGAACACUUUGGUAGAAACCGACCCUCAUUAUCUCCAACUGCUACCAGUUCCAGAGGCGAAUCCAAUAGAGGCAAAGCAGCUAUAUGCAGAAUAUUUUAACGCUUCGGUUCCCCCUUAUCAUCCGCAUUCUUUGGAUAUGAGCGAAAUAGAGCAACUUUACCCUGCAGGAGAGGAUGCUGCUCAUGAGAGACUUCGAGCGUUCAUCGAAAACAAGAUCAUGCGAUAUCAUCUUACCAAGGACUCUCUUACAGAAGAGGACGAUACAAAAUUGUCACCCUAUCUGUCAAAUGGAGUCCUGUCUACGCGUCAGUGUGUCGCUGCAGCUCGGGCUGCGAACAAUAAUAAAAUCAUCGUCGGAAAUGAAGGUGUUAGAACUUGGAUUAAGGAGAUUAUCUGGAGAGAGUUUUAUCGACACGUCCUUGUCUUCUACCCUCGAGUAUGCAAGAAUCGAGCCUUCAAGCCUCCCACCGAUAGUAUCCGCUGGAGCAGUGAUGAUCGCAAGUUCCAAAUUUGGUGUCAGGGCAAGACCGGAUAUCCUAUUAUUGAUGCUGGGAUGCGUCAACUGAAUGCUACAGGAUAUAUGCAUAGUCGUAUCCGCAUGUUGGUAGCCUGCUUUUUGGUCAAGGAUCUGCUGAUUAGCUGGCAGAAAGGAGAAAAGUAUUUCAUGAGCCACCUUAUUGAUGGUGAAUUUUCUUUUAACAAUGGAAGCUGGCAAUGGUGUGCCUCUACUGGAGCCGAAUCUCAGCCGUAUUUCCGAGUCUUUAACCCUGUGGUACAGUCCCAGAAGUUUGAUCCUGUUGGUGAUUAUAUUCGUCAUUGGGUUCCAGAGUUAAAAGGCCUUUCUGACAAACAAGUUCACGAUCCAUAUCAUGCAAUGUCCGCCAAGGAAUUUGGAAAGCUAACUUAUCCCAAACCCAUUGUUGACCAUUCAGAGGCCAGGAAGAAGUUUGUAGAAGAAUACAAGCGUGUUUUGGUUCAAAAGUAG